AUGUCACAAUGGGUAACAAAUAAUAAACAUAUUUUUCAAAACAAUGGAAUGGUAUUCAAGAGUAUGGUGGCAACUUGUUUUGCAAAAGGUGGACGUUUAGAACAAUCGUACAGACCAUUGAGAGAAGAAUCAGCCAGAGAUGUGUGGGAUGCUAUUACAACUUAUUCCGCAACGGAACCCGUUGAUUUUAUACAGCACUCUGGUGGCAUGGUCAUGUUACUCCGAAAAAUAUGGAACGGAUUUUGUGAAUGGAUUGGUCAAACAGCAUGGACAUGGGUCAAUGAACAUGUUAAAGAAAUGUUAGUUAGUCUAGGCUUCAAAACCGAAGAGGCUGUUGUACUUGCUCAAGAUUUUUGA